AUGUUUGACGUAUAUUGGACUGACCCCGACCGUGAGCUCGUCGGCGAGCAUCGCGCCAGAAAAGAAAAGAAACGUGAACAAAAAGCCAAGCAGAAAGAAAAUGAACAAGACACCUCCACAAUCCCACGAUCUGCAUCCAUUGCAAGUACCAUAUCAUCUACCGAGUCUCGCUUUGGCUUCCUUCGACCUCGAAAUGGAAAACAGGCAAAGAACAGAGACAAGACCAAAACGGGACUUCUGACCCCAAGCCAGCACUCUUCCCGCUCAAACUCGGGGAGCUAUCAUCGCUCGGCACUAAUGGCUAAUCUGUCUGAAGUCUCUCUCGGUGUUUCGAGAGCACAAAAGCCAAACAUCCCUGCCUCUACAUCUACGUCGGCCUCUAUCGACGAGGCACAUAUUUGCAGUCGUCGAGAGUCUGGGUCUUACGUUAUUAAGCAUUCUGGAGCAUCGCAUACUCCUCCAAGAUCCGAGUCUGACAAACCAGAGUUGUCUAUCGACAUGCGUGUCUCUUCUGAGGCUGACGUUGAUCAUCCCGCCACACCUUCGGACUCGGUGGGAGAAGGGCAAGUUCACUACGGGAAACUAAAGAAGCCAUCACUGACAUGUCGCAGAAACUAUCCAGUUCCCCUACUUCAAAGCGACUCGAUUCCCUGCCUUGUACCGAGCAUUCGACUUCCAAAAGCACCAAAGGCACCUAUCAUCAUCAACUUCCGGCCUAAUGAUCCGGACUCAUGGCGACCGCCUGAGGAAUGGGAGUACAUCGAUCGACUAGCCGAGGAGGCGCGACAGGCAGCAGCCGAUACAGACGUCGAGAUAAAGUCUCAGACUGAUAGCCAAGUCGAAACCAACCGUGAGAUGGAAUUCGAAGCUCUUAAGAGUCAAGUGAACCAAAUGGCUGCUGCAAGUCCCGCUGCGGUGCUUGCACGCAUCAAGGAAAUCUGGAGUGUCACCGAUGAGAGUCUCCAUCCAGAGUUGAACAUGGAACUCAAGCGAUGGAUGUUGUCCAUUCUUAGCCACAUGGACAUUGAGCAGAAGACGAGUCCCGUUGAUGCCUCCAGUGUGAUGAAUGAGUCCGCCAAUCUUAAUAUCCUGGCACUCUACGAAUCCGACAUUGCCGCCGCUUACCUUGCAGCUCUACAUCCGACAAAGCAGGUUCACCAUCUAUCCGCAGAAGCUCUAUCGACUGUGCAGUUCUCCAAGGUUCAUCCGAUUCUUGUACCAUCCAUGUCGACCUCAACCCUUCCACUCGAGAAGCACCUUUUUGAGACGGUAUACUCGCUGUCGCUUCCUUCUGUCAGCCCUUCGACAGAGAUUCCUGGAGUUCUCAAGAACAUUAGCAAGUACUUACGAGUUGGCGGCUCUCUGCAUCUCACUCUCAUCGACCCUCUCCCUUGUGCGGGAACACUCGGUCACCGCAUGCGAACGUGGCUCGAGGAACAUCUCCUGAUCAAUCUAGAGCGACACUUUAGAUGCACCAACCCGAGCAAGUUGUUCCCAGACUGGAUGGGGGAUGCGGGUCUGCGUGGCCAGGGCAGCACUCUCACAACAUCCAAGUUCUAUGCUGUUUCAGCCAGCAUCCGCAGCCAAGUCGACGACAGUGAUCCGUUCGUUGACAAAGCUCCCUCCGAACGGGAAAUCAAAGCUGAAGUGAGAAGCAUCAUCGGUCGUUUGCUGUGGAUGGAAGUCUGGGGCAACUUUGUCACCGGAGAAAAGUGGUGGUGGGAGGACGAGGGUUGUGUCAACGAAUGUCUCCAGCUUGGCACAGUUUGGGACUACCACGUUAUAGAAGGGGUCAGACAAGAGGAUACCCUUGAACAGAUUGAAGAAGAACCUUAG